AUGAAGAGAUGGAAUUGGAGCGGCUUAUGCCAUCUCUACGAAGGUCCAGCCGCAUCGAAUAGAGUAAUAAUGAGGAUGAUAUUGGCGUUAAGUGCAUCUGAUAUGCAUCGCAAUGGGCUGAUUGUGCGCUCCCAGGAUCAUGGUCAGUACCAUUACAGCCAAGCGGUUAAAGAUUUCAGGCAAUUACUUGAGACGCCGCGCCAGGUUUCAUUGGAAGAUGUCGAGACAGUUUUUGCCACUGUAUUCUUGAUGAUAGCAUGGGAGUGGCAGUUCGGACACUCAGUACGCCAUCUUCAAUUCCACCUGCAGGGCGUGCGUUCACUUCUGGAAACACAUCCACAACUAUUCCGAAUUAAAGAUGUUGAUGAUAUGUUCUUCUCUCCCGGAAUCGACACAUUGACCGGUGAUACCGUGACCAUGGCCAAGGUCUCCUUCAUUCCCGAGCAGUUUUUGUUAUGGAUUCUAUAUAUCGAUGCUAGCUGUCGUCCCAUUGGUCUUACCGAGUCACUUAACGACUAUGUGGCCCAGUCUGGGAACCCCGCUUUGCAGCCGGACCACCUUUAUCGAUGUGCCCGUCUUUGGGGCCGAUGCUUUUGGGGCGAGCAGUAUCCCGAGGAGGAAGUUCUAGACGACAUUGAAAAUUAUAGAGCUCUAGAGCUAUUGCAUGCCGGAUUUUGCCUACGCCAUCGCACUUGGAAGGUCCUCGUCGAAUCCGCGGCUGGUGCCGCCGACUCCGCAGAACCCCUUUUCCGUGAGAUCCUCGCCACCCGAGAAAAAUUCUCCGACCUUUUCAUCACUGCGAAAUUUGCCGGCAGUGUUUCCGCUCGACGCACGCUCAAUACCAUAUACAUGGCCGUUUCUACCUUCUACGGCCAGGUUCUUUUCCACCGCCGGCUUCUCUGCGUCAGUGCUUUACCACUAGGCAUUCACCAACAAGCUACAGCAGGGAUCAUUGACAUUUGCCAAAAACAAUUCUUAUCUGAUCCAAAGCUCCUCAGGCGCUUACACUGGCCGCUCUUGAUGGCGAUCAUUGAAACCAAUGAUAUAACACAUCAAAGGUGGCUCCGCCAGCGUCUAUCCGAACUGCGCAACUUUCAUUCUGAGUUUGUUUGGGGGCACGAUGUGGCCGAACAGAUUCUGGCUCAGCAGGAUGUGAGCCAGGGACGAUAUGCCAAUCUGGCCGACUUUUUACUAAAGCGUUUUCAUGCGCAGUGA